AUGUACGAAGUCAUAUUCCUUGGACAACCUCCAGUCACGCAAUGGUUCAACAGGAGAGCAGUUCAGAGUAGAAAAACAUCGAUCCUGCCAGUACUAGCGGACGUGAACGAGGAUCAUCAGAACAGCACUGGUAAGAAGAACCCCAUGAAGCGAGGCAGCUCUAUGAACGCACUCCCCAAGUUGCCGCAGAAGAGGAGCAGUGUGAUGAAACCACCCCCUCUCAGACGGGCUAGCACCAGAUCCUCUAUGUCGGAGGGAGGAUCUCCGCUGCCCUCCAAGUGUCACGAUAUUGCAGUUAAUGGGGAGACCAUCAUCGUGUCAGAGAUAGAAAACAGAUUAAAGCUGUACAGUGUUGAAGCAGGAGUCAGGCUGUUAGGUACGAUAGCGAGGGACAGUGCUAUGAGCUGCAGUGGGACACAUCUGGCACACAGCAGCACCAGAGGAACCACCUUUUGUAGUCUUAGAGACAAACCUAUUCUACUAACCCCGCUUACUGGAGUGAUUGUGAGGCAAAUAAGUGCAGGAAACGGGUACACGGUAAUAUGUACAAAUGAUGGAAAAGUCUUCAGCUGGGGUAAAGGAGACCGUGGCUGUUUGGGACAAGGUGAUACGGACGGAAGAAAAGAGCCCCAACAGAUUCUAACCCUACCCUUCACGGAGAUUGUGCACGUGAGCGCGGCGCACUGCCACACCUCUCUCGUCAGCAGUGACGGAGAGGUGUACAUGUGUGGGUCCGGAUCCAAGGGACAGCUCGGCACGGGGAACAACUCUGAUGCUAUUCAACCAGUUGCUCUCGAUGUCUCUGAUUCAGCAAAAAUGGCAUGUUGCGGAGGAGAUGAGAACCACCCUUUCACAUUGAUAUUAACGGUUGCAGGAACAGUACUCAGUUCAGGAGACGCAGAGAAUGGUAAACUGGGUAUCGGCAGCAAAUGGAGUAAAAAGACAUUCUCAGCUAUCGGCAAGAUUCACUUUGGGAACAAUCGAGUAGAUACGAUAUCAGCAGGAGUGGAUCACUCGCUAGCCCUCACUUCUAACAAAGUAGUAUUCCAAUGGGGCCUUAUUACAGCUGAGGAUAGACAUGGAGUUGUGAGAACCAGAGUGGAGAACACACCCAAACAGUUGGAACACCCCUCCCUUCAGGAAUUAGUACCGGAGAAGAUAUUCGCCGGUCACCAAUACUCCGUCAUAUGUGGACAAAGCUCACGACCCCACUAGCCGUGGGGAGUGAAUGCACCACCGAUUAUUCAGCGUUGAUACCAUCUGAUGAGUUGCAGAUAGGGUUGUCACUGAAGAAUGCUGAUAUCACGUCACUAACGAAACUGUUAAUAUCCAUGCCUUGACAUAUAAGACUAAAACACCGAUCAAGCUUAGAUUUUAUCCUAAGCUGUAUUUUUCACCAGUUGUGUGUAACAUACUACACAGACCGAAAUAAAGAUAAUGAACAACGCUUAUCCAUAAUAUAAACGCUCGCUGGAUUCUUAGAUACAGUUUUGGGAGUUUUUUUUUAUUUUGCUCAGCAAUAUUUAAAUGUAAUGUAAUUUGUUCUUUGUAAGAAACUUGAUUUACGAAUAGAUAAAUGUUUCGCUCAUAC